AUGUUCAAUCUGGAAAGGCAAGGAGGCUCGUGGGUGCCAGUGGCCGUUGCUGGUGUCCUGGGCUAUCUCGCACUCUGUCGGGCCCUUCGGUUUCGGCAUAUUAAGGCCCUGCAAUCACAGCUGAACUAUCCUGACCGAGCAUCUUUGUCCCGGAUGACAGUACACGAUGCCCAGAAGAUAAUCAACUUCCUUUACUACCAGGAGUUCCCUCUGUUCUAUGACUUGUCCUUACGUUUCGCUCUGUUCAAGACAUAUUCUGUCACCAACGUCGCCCGAGUCCUAGCUACAAGCAGUGACCUGUCAAGGUUGGAUGUGGCUGGUAAACGAUAUGAGGAUACCUCCAUCCUCUAUACAUGUUUUGCGAGAUACCAGCCUGACACGGAGGCGUUUCUAAAGGCAGUUGCUAGAAUGAACUACCUACACGCACCCUAUGUAAAAGCUGGGAAGAUUCUGAACAAGGAUUUGUUAUAUGUUCUAUUCGCAUCUAUGGGCGAGCCGGUGCAGUUUCUUCGAAUGUUCGAAUGGAGGUCGCUCACAGACAUGGAGGUUGCAGGCCUGGGCACGCUCUGGAAACACGUAGGCGAUCUCAUGGGUAUUGACUUCAAGGCUGAGCUUGGCAAGGACCAGUGGAGGGAUGGCAUUGAUUUCAUGGAUGACGUCCGCGUAUGGGCCAGAGCUUAUGAGGAUGAAUUCAUGCAACCGAACGAUCAUGUUCAGCAGGUCGGGAACGUCACCAUGGAUCUGCUCCUGGUAUCACAUCCCAAGUUCGCACGUCCUCUGGCAUAUCAGGGCGUACUGGUUAUUCUGGGAGACAGGAUGCGUCAUGCAUUUCGGUUCCCAGAGCCGAGUCUCGGCAUAACAUGCUUGACCUAUACCUUGCUCCUGCUGCGUGCAUUUUCGCUCCGGCACCUCUGUCUUCCCAGGUUCUUCACCUCGGAGGCACUCUCAGACCCUGAUCCCAAGACAGGGCGCAUUCACCACUAUCGUUACAUGAGAGAGCCAUGGUACAACCCCCCUACCUUCUGGACUCGGUGGAACCCGGAGGCUUUAAUUACCUGGGUGACGGGAGGACUGAUCCCCUCAAAGAGCGAGGAGUGGAAGCCAGAAGGGUUCCUAUACGAAGACAUCGGCCCUCGAAGCAAGAUGGGUAAGGGGAUCGACGAACUGUCCAAGACGACGGCAGAUCUCGCGACCAAGUCGCACAUCUCGACACGCCCUUUCAUCGGACCGGCCGUGUCCUAA